AUGGCGUCCACCGGCGCUGAUGCACCUGAAGAAAGCUACGUCAUGAGAGACAGAACCGAUGCCACCUUGGUUGGCAAGCACUGCCAAUAUGAAUACUGCAAUCAACUCGACUUCCUCCCCUUUCACUGCCAGUCAUGCAGUAAGACUUUUUGUCUGGACCACCGCACAGAGACGGCACACAAAUGCGCAAAUGCGGGUGCGUGGGCUGAACGCCGGCGGCAAGCCCAGCUCAACCGACCCUCGAUAGGCGGUGCAGGUGGAAAGACGCUGAGAGACAAGACUCAGGAGAAGCCAUGCGCAUCACCAGACUGCAAAACCGUGGUCGGGACAUCUUUAACACCAGGUGUCCACUGCCAGACUUGCAAACGCGACUACUGCCUCAAGCAUCGACUUGGAGAGGACCACGACUGCAAGAACUUGGUGCCGCUUGGCUCGCGGCUUGUGCAUGUUGAUGAGGUCGCCAAAAAGACGAGAUCUGCUCUCGAUAAAUUGAGAGCCUGGGGAAGUGCCAAGAAGGAGCAGGCGGGGAGAGUUCUACCGAAGCCCAAGCCGAGCUCUACCGCAGCCAGACUGGUUGCCGUCAACAACCUCAAGAAGUCUGCCAAGGGAGAUGACAAGAUCCCUGCCGAGAAACGCGUCUAUUUAUAUGUGGAGGCUGAGGCUGAGACUGCAAAAGCAAAGUUUCCAAAGGGCUCGUUCUUCUUCUCCAAAGACUGGGUGGUGGGCAGAGUGUUGGAUUCCGCGGCCAAACAGUUGCAGGUCCAAAACAUUAACAACCAGAGCUCAGAUGAGCGAGAUAAGCUACGGGUGUUUCAUGUGGAAGGUGGGAGGGUGUUAGAGUUCAACGAAAAGGUCGGGGCAUCAUUGCAAAGUGGGAAUACAGUUGUACUUUUGAGGGGAGUUGGGCCGGCCCCAGAUCUCAUCGAGGUCUAG